AUGGGGCUGGUGCUGCUGGGUAUAGGGUCGGUGGGUGUCGCCGGAGGUACACUCACGGCCACCGGGUUGAGCGGCGCCGCGAUGCAGUUGUUCACCCACGGCACGAUCACUGGCCUGCUGUUCCUGGCGGUAGGGCUGGUCUACGAGAAGGCGCACACCCGCUACAUACCCGACCUGGGCGGGCUGGCUGGCCGGAUGCCGUUCGUGGCCGCGGCAAUGCUGAUUGCGGGACUGGCAUCGCUGGGGCUGCCCGGGCUCAGUGGCUUCGUGUCGGAACUCCUGGUGUUCCUUGGGGCCUAUCGGGCGUAUGACUGGCCGACGGUGCUCGCCGUUCUGGGCAUCGUGCUGGCGGCCGGAUACAUCCUGUGGAUGAUGGAACGCACUUUCUUUGGGCCUCCGCGGGAGCGCUUCGCUGACCUCACCGACGCCUCGCUGGUGGAGGCCGCUCCCCUGGCGCUGAUGGUUGUCUGCAUCAUUGGCGUGGGGAUAUACCCUUCCUUGUUGACCGAUAUGUUCGAUACGGCCCUGGAACCAAUGGUCGGCCAUCAACGGCGGCUGACCGGCAAUGAAUGCCCACGACGUAUAUGCAAUCUCACCUUCUAUGACCUGGGGCAGGCCUUCAACCUGGUGCAGGAUGGGUCCGGCGGUGAGGCCAGCAUCCUUAUAGGCAGCAUUUCGGUCGACCGGUUUGCGCUUUUCUUCAACUUCCUGGUGACCGGAGCGGCGGCGCUGGUGGUGCUGGCUUCCACCGAGUACGUUAAGCUGAUGCCCCGGUUCCGUGGGGAAUACUUCGGGCCUUUGCUCUUUUCUGCCACGGGCAUGAUGCUGCUGGCCGCAGCCACCGAACUGAUAACCAUUUACGUCGCCCUUGAGUUGACCAGCCUGCCGAUCGCUGCCCUUGCGGCGUUUCUGAUGAGCGGACGCUCCAGCGAAGCAGGAAUGUAA